CUGAGUUCCAGUUGCAGUCAUCAGCCAGCCAGUCAGUCUUGAGAAAAAUAUGCAAUAAAUUUGGUGAUAUUUCUUAUAGAAAAUACUGGCGAUUUUAGGAUUAAAGUGAUUGAACAUUUUUCUUGGUAAUUGGAAGAUUCGAGUAAUACGAGAACUAUUGCAUAGUUGACGUAGGGACUCCCACAACGUAAGUGCGAUAUAUAUUUUUUCACUGCACUUUGGAAAUUACUGUAACAAGCAAAAACUGCAUACGCUAAGCUAGACGGAAGUUAAGAGGAGCAGAUUAAAUAUGAAAUCAUCGGUGAGAGGUUUGCUUUUGUGUUGCCUUCUGGCAGGAGUAUUUUCAUCGGUUUACUGUCAAGAAUCCAGCAAUGUUACGCUACCUAUCAAUAAAGCCAACGAAACAACUCCAAUUACGACUAAGAAUAGCGCAGAAGUAACAAGCACCCCGGAGACAAUCACAACAGUUGCUUCAAAUGAAACAAAACCAACAGUCGUUCCUACAACACCAACCCCAGUUCCAAAUAUAACAACUUCAAUAAAACCCGACCCUGAAACGAACACAACUGUUACACCAUUACCAACCACUACCCCUCCUGCUAUUAAUACUACAACUGUUGCACCAACUCCACCACCUACAACACCAACAACUCCACCACCUACCACACCUACUACACCUCCCACCACUUCAACAAGCACCCUUGCUCCUGACAACAGCACCACUACAACAACCACACUGGCACCUGACAACAGCACUACUACAACAACAACAACUACAACACCUGCUCCGCCAACUCCCCGCCCACCAUGCAAUCACUUUGACUUUCCAUCCUUCAUCGGUGGCAUUGUUUUAACUUUGGGUAUUUUAGCGAUCAGUUUGGUCGCUUACAAAUUCUACAAGGCACGUAAUGAACGCAAUUAUCAUACCCUUUGAGCCGCCACCGCUUUCACAUCAGCAUUUAAUGCAGCAGCUAAUACAGCGCCACCGAACUCGUCCAUAGAUGUGGAACGAGUACGCUUUGUACAGCCCUCGUUCCCGUUGCGCUCACCACCACCAACGCAGCAGACAUCGACGGAAUCAUCUGGCGCACCACCAACAUCCUCACCAUCCGUCAGACAACGGCUGCUGCAAACAUAAUUAUUGAAUAUUAUAAAAAAAAAAGUUGUAAACAAAAGUGGAAAGAUAAAACUAAAGUAAGCUACGAAUACGCAAUAAAUCGCGACUUCUAUCCCUUCAUAUUACAUUUCUAUUAAUGCAACAACAAACAAUAAUUGAUAACCUUUUUCUGCACUACAUAUAUGUAUGAAUAACAAAACGACUUAUGUUGUAAAGCGAUAAUGUAAUACAACAAAUGAAAAAAUAUUCUCACCCUUUUACCGUUAAAAACAAAACGUUGUAAUUUGUAUAUUAAAAUAGUGCUGCGCUAAACUAAUGCUUAUUUGCUCAUAUUAACUGACAAAUAUUAAUUUAAACAACACA